AUGGUCUUCGACAAGUUAAAGUCACAUGUAAAGAAGUACUGGGUGAUGGCAGAAACAGGUGACCCUCGGUUAGUGAUGGCACGGUCUGGUGACUUCUGGGUUAUAUCGUUGAUAGUUAUAAUUUUCUCUGUCGAUGGAUUAGAAGUGAUUACAAACAAUAAGCCAGAAAUUGCUUCCGACUAUAAAUGCUCAGUGUAUCUAGUUUAUUAUGCUCAAUCUACAGGCAUAGUUCUUUGCACUUUCAUGUCUUUUGGAAGAAUCCUAUUAGCUACAUUUUACAUGGCACGGAAUAUUAAAACAUGUACCAUCUCAAGUAUUUCCUUAGACAUAAAGAGUUACAGGAUCAACAGAUUGGUAGAGUGGAAAAAGAGGCUCCCAUCAUCACAUGUUCGAUACCAGAAGCUUAGAAAAAUUAUUUAUGAAACGAGAAAUCUACUUCUCAACAUUUGUAUAGGAGCUCAGAUAGCGAUUGUGAUCAUAAAUAAAUUGCUUUGCGCAUGCGUACUUUUUUUAAUUAUCCUCAAACCAGUCAAGAUUCCACGUGGUUAUUGGGAACUAAUUGGGGACCUAUUAAGCAUGACACUAUUUGUUUCUAUGUUGUUCCAACCCUUGAUCAUUAGAUGCCUCAAUGUAAUGAAGAACUUUUACUCCGGGGAAUCCGAGGCCUCAGUCAAUCCCAUUGAAUCAGAACACAGGCUUGGUUACGAGAAAGAUCUUGAAAAUUAUUUUGUACUUCUAGAAAGUGAGGCAGUAGAAGCAGUACGCCUGAUGUUCAUUAACGCUUCUAUUAAUUCAUUCAUAAUGACGGGUUCAAAGCGUCAGCCAAGAUGUCUAAUGAAGCUUAUGGAGAAAUCCACCAGCUUCGAGGGUGUACUAAAAUUUGAAAGUGAUCAAGUCUCUUUAAUAAUUUGCGAAGAACCUCUUAAUUGCUGGAGUCUAUCCGUGGCAACGCUAACAAGCAUCAUGAUUGCUCUUCCAAACGUUCAAGAUGAGAAGAAGAAUCAGUUGUUAAGAAGUGUCAUUCAAGGUUUUAAGUAUGUCCGCCCAAUGGAGAAAAGUCUGGAUGUUCAUAAAAAAAUUGUGAAUAGCAAGAGCGCUGCAGAUUUUGCAUGGGGUUUAGUUGAAAUGAGGCACAAAUGGUUAGACAUGGAUCUCCAAGAAAUUGCCACGGUAUCAAAAUCCUCCAAAGAAACUCUUCAGAAUCUUGCAAAUAGAAGUGAAGAAAUUUUGAGAAACUUCACGAGUAGAAUAAACGGAAAUACUAUGGAAAGCUCAGUUAACUUGCCCGAAAAUAUCAUAAUUGCCAAUUCAAUGUACAAAAUAAGCAACAGUUUGCUGUUGGUCUAUGAGGAAAGCUACCAUUCAGCAUCAGAUACUCAAGUGUUUGAGAGAUUGUCAGUUAUCAUUGCAGAUAUAUUUGCUGCAUGCCUGACCAAUAUACCUCGUCUUAUACUCAAGAAAUGCAGCAAUAGCGCCAUAGAAGAACGGGAGAAAAGUAUAGAGGAGGCAAGUUACAUGUUGGGAGAAACUCAAGGCAUUCUGGAAGCUCUUCAGAAGCGUGAAAUUCCCAAUCUAUCACCUGAUCAAUCAAUAUAUAUUGACGAAUGGCGUACCUUUCUCAAAAAUACUAACCAUGGUAAUUCGGGCCCAACUCCUAGCAGUGAGAAUAUUGUUACUACUUCAAGUGGUGAGGUGCAUUUGGAUAUACAAGAACUUCGUGCAAGUGCUACAAAAGAAGCCUUGGGAACUGAUGAAGGCGAUGCGGAGUCUCAUGUGAGCGGGGAAGUGGAAGAGUUAGAUGAUGAGGAAGAGAACAACCAAGCAUAA